AAAAUAUAGAGUAUAAUUUGGCGCGAAAGUACGAUAUCGUUCGAAAACCGAGUUACUAGUUACAAUAAUUAACAAUAAAGUUUUACAUUACAUAGUUUUAUAUUAAUUAUUAUGAUGUGGUUUUUAAAGCUAUUUUAAUUUAAUUAAUUAUUUGAUUCAAAAUUGUAUACCUGUUCAGUGAAGUGAUGCGUUUCCAAGGCCAAUUUAGAGGCAAUUGAAAGUGGGUGACAUAAUAUAAAAAUAACUCUGUUUUGGAUGUACAGUUUCAGUUUCGUACAAUUAUGGCUGACAUUGAAAACAGUAUAGAAAAAGAUGUGCAAGAAGAGGAGGGCACAGAGCUUGAACUAGAAGCCCUGUACAGGAGAUACUGUGUUCGUCUCAAACAUGCGCUAUUCGUGUCCGCUCUCUGUGUCACACUACUCUGUACAGUUGUGCUUCUGUGUGCUGUGUGUGUACUGCAUUCACAUGAUUUAUCAGCACAAGUGACAGCGAUCACAGCGCUGUCUGUGAUCUCGUUCAUACUACUAUGCGUGCUCGCACUAGCGCUGUUACCGGCGGCCGCUGAGUGGGAGGCGUUCGCGCUGACCGGCUCAGUGCUGGUAACUGUGAGUCUGGGCGCUGGGACGCUGAUGGUCACUCACCAUGCACCGCUGCCGCUGUUCGCGCUGAUACUUAUGGUGCACACAAUGAUGCCAAUCGCGCGGUCGAUAGCGCUUGUCAUGGCGACUGCCCUCACCCUUGCGUACAUGGGCCUUGCUAUAGGCCUUGGACCGCAGGGCCAGGAGGCGCAGUUUUAUCAGCAGCUAAUAUGCGAACUAGCGCUGCUUAUGUCAGCGAGCGGUAUUGGCUUGUACUACCGCGCGCUGACAGAAAGGGCACAUCGCAAUACCUUCGCCGGGACACGUACUUGCCUCGAACAAAGGGUCAAGUUGGAGUGUGAAAGGGAACAGCAAGAGUCGCUGCUGCUGUCUGUGAUACCGGCUUAUAUAGCCGCUGAGGUGAAAAGGUCCAUAAUGCUCAAGAUGGCGGACGCGUGUGCUGACAGCUCCAAGCAGACCCGCUUCCAUGAAAUGCACGUCCAACGUCACAAUAACGUCAGCAUAUUGUACGCUGAUAUUGUCAACUUUACCCCAUUGUCUGAACGUCUGAGCGCUUCGGACCUUGUGAAGACGCUAAAUGAACUGUUUGGCAGAUUCGAUCAGAUCGCUCAGGAGAACCAGUGUAUGCGUAUCAAGAUCCUAGGCGACUGUUAUUACUGCGUGUCCGGCUUGCCCGUCUCUAGACCGAACCACGCCUACAACUGCGUCAAUAUGGGCUUGCAAAUGAUUGAUGCUAUUCGGUUUGUCAGAGAAGCUACAGGAUUCAAUGUAGACAUGCGCAUAGGCAUUCACACCGGCAACGUGCUGUGCGGCGUCCUCGGCUUGCGCAAGUGGCAGUUCGACGUGUGGAGCGAUGACGUCACGCUGGCCAAUCACAUGGAGUCUGGCGGGAUUGCGGGUCGGGUUCACAUAACAAAAGCAACCAUGCUGCAACUCAGAGGCAAAUUUGAAGUGGAGCCUGGAGACGGGGCUUCCAGAGAAGGUUACCUGGCUGACCAUAAGAUCGAAACAUAUCUAAUUGUGCCACCUAAGAAACCAUCAGAAAACGGUCGUCUAUCUGUCUGUACGAUUGAUCGGAAGGCGAGUAUCGUAUCAUCGAUAUACCAAGACGUGUCGCCGACGAAACCACGGGAUAGUAUUAGUCCAGCGCCUUCACAGCACAGCUUCGUCGAACAAGAGCCUCCUAAGGUUACGAGAGCAGAGUCUAUGAGGAACCCUGAUUUAAACCGACGAGCGUCAGUUAAGGUGGUGGCUUUUGAAAACAAUAACGCUACAAGCGAUACAAUUGGCAAUGGUACUGCAGUUACAAAACCAAAGAGCAGAAGUGGAUCUAUUAUUGGAGCAAUUAGUCCCAUCAUGGGUACAGCUACACCAGGAGUGCCUAGUAGAUCUCGACCGUCGAGUAAAAUGACGAAAUAUGUGGAAUGUUGGGGUGCUGAUAAACCAUUUGCAAAUAUUACUGAUUCUACUUUGGCGAAGAAUAUUGGGAUAUCGAGUCUGGCUAUGAUUGAACAAAACUUACUUCCACAAAGAACAUGCUGCGAUUGCAGUAACAAUUCAGAAGGCAUGAGCCCUAUCACCCUCUGGUUCAAGAACAGGGAGCAAGAGAGUCAAUACCGCGGCCAAUCAGACUCGCAGUUCAAGUACUAUGUGGCAUGCGCCUGCGCACUGUUCCUGUUACUCGCUUUUAUACAGCUGUUGACGUUGCCGAAGGGAGUAGUGCUGUACGCGUCAUUCGGACCGACUCUAAUAACACUAGUAGUGUUUACUUACCUCUCGUGGUAUGAUGGUAACUUCCCUCCCAGAGGCAUGCAUCUACUCACCGAUGUUGAUUUGUAUGCUGAUAAUUGUGCUAAGCCGGGACAGGUAGUGGCCAAUAACUGCUACAUAAGGCUAACCAUGUUCAUCGUGUCAUCACUUCUCAUCGGUGCCUGUGCUGUUAUCAAUUUGUUCGAAACAUAUCUAAUACACGAGUUUCCAAGCGAAGUCUGGGCGAAGAAUUAUACCAACGCAACGAAUGUAACACCUAUAACUAUUAACAUUGACGUCGAAUCUGCACCUAGUUAUCUCUACAGUUCAGUUCUAACUUUGGCCUCGAUAUCAGUAUUUCUGCGAAUUGGUUUUGUCCUGAAAUUGGUCUUCAUGUUACUGACUUUGAUCACUCAUAUAACACUCUUUGCAUCGGCCGAAUUGUUCAGCCAAUAUCAGUAUAAGGAUUUUGAUACUGAGUUUUCCAUGCUACCAUACUCAGCAAAAGCAGGUCUUGUACUAGUAUUUCUCGCGGCGUUACUUCACAUUCUGGACAGACAGAUCGAGUUCACAUCCCGCACGGACUUCCUGUGGAAAGAUAAGUUGAAAUUUGAGCAAGAGGAAGUGGAAACUAUGAGGGGUAUCAAUAAGAUACUUUUAGAAAAUAUUCUACCGGCACACGUCGCUCAACAUUUCUUAACCUCAGUGGCUUCAAAGGACGACUUAUACCACGAACGUUAUUCAAGCAUAGCCGUGAUGUUUGCAUCUAUACCGAACUACAAGGAAUUUUACGACGAAACAGAUGUCAAUAAACAGGGCCUAGAAUGUUUGAGAUUGCUCAAUGAGAUUAUAUGUGAUUUUGAUAAGUUAUUGCUCAAACCAAAAUUUAGCUGCAUAGAGAAAAUAAAGACAAUAGGAAGCACUUAUAUGAUUGCGUCUGGGCUCAGACCGGGGAAGGAGGAACCUAUUGAUGCAAACAGAAAAGAGGAGCACACAGUAGCAAUUCUGGUGGAAUUUGCGAUCGCUCUCAUGACAAUACUUGAACAGAUCAAUAGGGAGUCAUUCCAGAGAUUCAAGUUAAGAAUCGGUCUUAACCACGGCCCCGUUAUAGCUGGCGUGGUUGGUGCUCAGAAGCCCCAAUAUGAUAUUUGGGGUAACACAGUGAAUGUUGCGUCGAGAAUGGACUCUACGGGAGUGAUGGGCAGGAUUCAGGUCACUGAGGAUACUGCUAAGGUUUUAAUGAACGCAGGCUAUACCUGUGAAUGUCGUGGACCAACAUACGUGAAGGGAAAAGGAACGCUCGUCACUUACUUCGUGAAAACCCCAAAUGUAGGCGGAGGUCUUUAAAAAAACGUGUGUGCCGAGCACACGUGUCAGAAGUGAAACUUCUUCGACAAUAUUCAAAAAUACCAAAAUCGUCGCCUUACGUAACGUGACGGUAUUGCCAUUACGCGACCUAGAAAUUUUAAUCUCAAAGUAAAGAAGUUUCACUUCAAUAAUUAUAGUGAAAUAUCUCUUAACAACUUGCCAAUGUGAUUUUAAAUACUCGUUACUUUCUAUGUAAGUUAAGUAAUUCAAGUAGAACAAGGAUUUAGAUAAUUGACAUUAAAAAUGAGAAAAUGUUAUUAUUUUUUUAAGUAGAGCCUUUUUUGACAGCUACUUUUAAAUUAACAAUAGUAGUUUCAUGAAUAUU